CGCCGCACAGCAAGAUGAAGGCCGCUCUUCUCACGGUGAUGCUCAGCUGCGCCCUGGCGCUGGCCUCGGCCUACUACGACCACGACCUCGCGCACCACACGCACACGACGCAGUGCGGACACCUGCCACUGGCCGCCGCCCCCGCAGUCGCCGCCGUCGCCGCUCCCGCAGUGGCCAGCUAUUCGGCAGGCUCCUCCUAUUCGGCUGGGUCCGCCUACUCCGCCGGCGCAGCCUACUCGGCCGGCGCCGCUCUCAGGACGGCAGCUCUGGCAGCCCCUGCAGUAGCCUACUCGGCGCCGGCAGUGGCGACCUACGCAGCACCUGCAGUGGCGACCUACGCAGCACCUGCAGUGGCCGCCUACUCGGCACCGGCAGUGGCCUCCUACUCCGCACCGGCUGUGGUGAGUGCGGGCUACUCUGGCUACUCCGGCGCCAGCAGGGCCUAUGCGGGAUCUGCUGCCACCUCCUAUACCUCGGCCAUUAAGUCCGUGGUGGCCGCCCCCGCAGUCGCCGCUGCCCCUGUGGUCGCCGCCGCUCCUGUAGUCGCCGCUGCACCUGCCGUCGUCGCCACGGGCUACUCUGGAGGAUACUCUGGGGGCUACUCGUCUGGCUACUCUGCUGGCUACUCAGGAUCGUCUUACAGUUCAGGAAUCAAGUCCGCCGCAGUGAUAUCCGCCCCCGCAGUCGUCGCCACUGCCGCCCCCGCCAUCGCCUACAAGGCCGUCGCCCCCGCAGUCGCUGUGAAGGCGGUCGCCCCGGCAGUGGCCGCCUACUCGGCCGGUGGCUACUCCGGAUACUCCGGCUACUCCAGCGGCAGCUCCUACUCCGCUGCACGCCUGGGCGCCGCCGCCAGGUACUCUGGCCCUGCAGUCGCCGUCGCUGCCGCCCCCGCCGUCGCUGUCGCCCCCGCAGUAGCCACCGUCACCGCCCCCGCCUACGCAGCUGGUGGAUACGCCGCUGGUGGCUACGCCGCCUCCAGGCUGGCCUCAUACUCUGCAGCUUCCAGCCUGAGUGCCGCGUCGGCGUACCGCGCGGCAGCGCCGGCCAUCGCUGUGCAGAAGUACGUCGCCGCCGCCCCCGUGGUGGCCGCCGCCCCCGCAGUCGGCGUGAGGUACUCGUCCGCCGCGGGCGGCCUGGGCUACGCUUCCAGCGGCUACGCGGCCAGCGGCUACGCCGGCUACUCCGGCCAGGCGGGAGCCGUGCGCUACGCCGCCGCCGCCGCCCCCGCCUACGUCGCCACGGCGCCAGUAGCCGCCGUCGCUAAGGUGCCCGUGGCCGCCGCCGUCGUCAAGCCCAUCGUCAAGGAAUACGACGACCACCCCCGCUACGCGUUCGAGUACAGCGUGCACGACGCCCACACCGGAGACAUCAAGCACCAGUGGGAGCAGCGCGACGGAGACGUCGUGAAGGGACAGUACUCGCUGGUCGAACCCGACGGCUCGGUCCGCACCGUGGACUACGUCGCCGACUGGGAGACCGGCUUCCACGCCACGGUCCACAAGGACAGGCCACAGGCGCACCCCUAAGGUCGCCGCCAGAUGACCGCGAGCCUCGCUCACCCUCUCUGGUCAUGUGUCUUCCACAGCCGUGCAUGUCAUGUUCAGAGCAGAUUCUCCGUUGUUCCAUCACGCUCUCCCAAUUGGCGGUGGAUUUUUGACCAGGAGACUUUCUCGUGUCUAAAUCAAGUCUGCUGACACCCCCAACCUUCUUCCUGCCCACCUUCAGUCGUCCAAAAUCUUGAGGCAACUCUCGCCUGGCCGACCUCUUUUCGUGGCAUUGACGUAUCACAUCUCAGUAUACAAGUUGUUCGUAAGGCCAGAUUCCAGGUGCACAAGUGGCUCAUUACUCCUCUUUCUGACACUGGAAAUAAUUUGCGAAUGUUGCCCCAGAUAAAAGAAAGUUCCUUCGUAUCAACUAAGCCACGAACCGCGUGCCAUGAAAUAUUUCUGCUAUAUCUAAAACAGCAAUGUUUCUUCUUUCGGCUAUAAUUAUUGUUUAUUUUUCACUACUAUGCCAUUUUCAAGCGAUAGUUGACGUGCGUGAGGAUAAGCCACCAAACAUUCCAGCCAUCAGCAUAUAGCUGACAAGCAUGAAACUUUGGACAAGUAGUCGGGCAAACAAGUGGUGUGCAAAACGUUUAAAAGUAGUGGCAGAAACAGAGCACUGCACACUGCAAACCAACUGUAAUAAAUUAACUUGUCGUAGCACCGAUCACCGGUAACGACAUCAAUAACAGAGUGCACAUUGAGUCAUUGUUUUCCAUCGUGUCAACACGGAGACCGCCUGAAAAUGGUAUAAUAGCAGAAAUUGGACAGUAAUGGAAAUGUUUCAGAAAUUUUGCACGACUGUGGUAUCUGCCCGAAAAAAAGUAAUUUCCGUUAUCGUUACUCCCAGAACAUUUAGAAUGCUAAAUGUCGCUCUAUUCCGUACUUUUCGGGUUCUGGAAAUAAUCUAUACUCAACUUUAAAAUGUACCGUACAGAGAGGGAAGCAGCGAAGCAACACAAAAUAUAAUGCGUUCCGCUGUAACUUGUUUAUCAGUGCUCACAAGCGUGAAACCUUUGACAUGCUACUCAAUGCAGGAAAGAUAAAUGUGUAAAUAACUAUGACUGUAAUGUUGAAGUGGCGUUCUCCCUUGUUUGGAUGUGUUAC